AGGAACAGAGUGUAAGGGUAUUUUGUUGGUGGAUAGUUAGACGGAGGAGGGUGAUAACAUGACGCUGGGUUCCAUCAAAAACCUCAACUUUGGGAUUCGCUGGUGGCAAGUGAGGGUUUAGCUUAGGUGGAAGGCGAUGGCGUUGGCAAUAGCAGCAGAUACGUCGGUUUCUUUCCUAUGUCAGCCCCCAACAACUUACGCCCUUCUUCGUCACAGUUUCUUUCCUAUCUCCUCCCCACUUCAUUUCCCUUCGCUUUGCCCCCCUCCUUCUAACACACGCCGCCUUGUUCACCAUCCAUCACCAUGCCGACGUCCCUUGUAUCUUUCUUCUUCUUCUUCUUCUUCUUCUUCUUCUUCUUCUGCUGCUGCUGACGAAGAAGAUGAAAAGCAAGCAGCAAUAGAGGCCGUGUCAGAUAUCCUACGAGAAAACGGAGUUUCAGAGGAGGAAGCUAUGGAAAUUGCUGUGAAUUCACCCAAAUAUGUGGAGAUGUUGAUGGAUAGCGUCCGUGACCUGGACGACCUCUUCCAAUCCAACAGCAGCAGCAGCUCUAGCUCUUACAAGAAGAAAGUGUUUGAGAUGGGAAGACAGAAAGGGGACAAGGGUUUGGUUCCUCUGCUGGAGAGCAUGGUCGGUCUUCCUCUGCCUUCCGCUAUGCAUAUUGCUCGUUAUCUCUCCCCUCACACUGCUCCUAAACUCCUCCACAAGGUCAAGUACGUGAAAGAGAUUUUAUAUACUGAUCUGGAUGGAAAAGUGCCAAUUGCAAGGAGUGCUCGCCGAAUGAUGAUGCAUUUAUCAGUAUCCGUUGAUGAUGAUUUGCAGCACACCUUAUCAUUUCUUGAGAAGAUUCAAGCGAGGCGUGGAGGCCUAGCUUUGUUGGGUUCUGGAGACGGGUCAUUCCGCUACCUAAUAGAGUCAUUUCCCAGGCUGCUUUUGCUGUCUGUAGAGUCCAAUAUGAAGCCAGUGGUAGAUUUCCUUGAACAUAUUGGAGUCCCUAAGGGUUGCAUAAGAAACGUUCUUUUGUUGUACCCUCCAAUACUUUUCUAUGACAUUGAGAAAGACAUUAAACCAAGAAAGCAAGUUUUUACAAAGGUUUGUGGAGAGGAUGCAGAGUUCGGUAAGAUGCUGCUGAAAUAUCCGUGGAUUCUUUCUACAAGCAUCCAAAAAAAUUAUGAGGAAAUCAUUGCUUUCUUAUAUGCAGAUAAGGUGGCAGAAGUUAGCAUUUGUCAUGCAGUAAGGAGCUGGCCGCUUAUUUUAGGAUGCUCAGUUGCAAAACUGAAGCCGAUGAUUGGUGAAUUGCAAGUAAUAGGUGUUACAGAAAAGAUGCUAGACAAAGUUAUUGCCACUAGUCCUCAACUACUUAUGCAGAAACCGCAAGAAUUUUUCCAGGUGGUUUCAUAUUUAAAAGGUUUGGGACUUGAAGAAGAAAGUAUUGGAAGGGUGCUCGGGCGAUGUCCUGAAAUUUUUAUGGCAAACAUUGAUAAGACACUCAAGAAGAAGGUUGAAUUCCUUUCUGAACUGGGUGUUUCUCAGAAGCAUCUUCCUCGUGUAAUCAGAAAAUACCCAGAGCUAUUUGUCUGUGACGUCAAUAAUUCCUUACAUCCAAGAAUGGCGUACUUGUUGAAGAUUGGACUAUCGAAGAGGGAAAUUGCAUUUAUGGUGGGCAGGUUCUCUCCAUUGCUAGGGUACAGUAUUGAGGAGGUUUUAAGGCCGAAAUACGAGUUUCUAGCAAACACAAUGCAAAAGCCACUAGAAGAGGUGGUGGAGUAUCCAAGAUAUUUUAGCUACUCGCUGGAGAAGAAGAUAAAGCCAAGGUUUUGGGUGAUCAAGGGUAGGAACUGUGAGUGCAGCUUAAAAGACAUGUUGGGAAAGAACGAUGAAGAAUUUGCGGCUGACUACAUGAGUGUUUGAUGGAUGGUUUUGCAAAUGUGGCAGGGCACCAAAGUUUAAGUAACUGCUGAUGCACACCUUCUCCCAAGAAGAUACUUUUAAGAGGAUGACCAAACUUCAAGCAUUAUGCCAAGCGUCUUUCAUCGCCACUAAAAGAGCUAUCCUAUCACGUGGAACAUUGAGAACUUGAUUCCUUCUAGCGGAAGAUAUAUAUAUAUAUAACAUUAGUUAGAAAGAUGAACCUAAUAUGUGGCAUUUGUAUAUGGAGGUGUGUAUUGUUUUAUAUCCAUGAUGUAAUGUAUAUACAAUGGCAACCAAGUCAUUUGCUUUAAUCAAUCAGUAUUGGUGUUCUUGCAUGCAUUU